GGGAAGGACUCUCCGGCCGACUAUAUAUAUAAAUGCUAUCGGCAAUGGCAAACUACAAUAUUCACUACUCUAUAUAUAUAUCUUCUUGAGAUCUUGGACUAGCCAGCAUGAGUAUCCUCGUCGAUCAUUGUGGAGUGGAAGCAGAAGAAAAGAAGGUCCAUGAUGUGGAGUGGAGUGAGAAGGAAAUUGAAUUAGGUUUUGUGGUGCCACAUGCCAAUUCAUUCGGCCACACUUUCAGGGAUUAUGAUGCAGAGAGCCAAAGACAAGCAGGAGUGGAGAACUUUUACAGAACCAAUCACAUCAACCAAACUUUUCAGUUUGUGAAGAAGAUGAGGGAACAGUAUGGAAAGCUAGACCGAAUCGAAAUGAGUAUAUGGGAAUGUUGUGAACUACUAAAUAAUGUUGUUGAUGAAAGUGAUCCGGACUUGGAUGAACCUCAGAUUGAGCACUUGUUGCAGACAGCUGAAGCCAUUAGAAAAGACUACCCAAAUGAAGAUUGGCUUCACUUGACUGCCCUAAUCCAUGACCUGGGAAAAGUGCUGCUUCUUCCAAGCUUUGGAGGGCUACCUCAAUGGGCUGUCGUGGGUGACACAUAUCCAGUUGGGUGUGCUUUUGAUGAAUCUAUUGUUCAUCACAAGUAUUUUAAGGAGAAUCCAGACUUCAACAAUCCUUCUUACAACACCAAAUAUGGAGUUUACUCAGCGGGAUGUGGACUCAACAAUGUCAUGCUGUCGUGGGGGCACGACGACUACAUGUAUCUGGUAGCAAAGGAGAAUCACACAACACUACCUUCAGCGGCUAUGUUCAUCAUUAGAUACCAUUCAUUCUAUGCAUUACACAGGGCAGGGGUAUAUAAGCAUCUGAUGAGCGAUGAUGAUUUUCAUAACCUCAACUGGCUCCAGAUCUUCAAUAAGUAUGAUCUGUAUAGCAAAAGUAAAGUUAGAAUUGAUGUUGAAAAGGUUAAGCCAUACUAUCUCUCCCUCAUUGACAAGUACUUCCCAGACAAACUGAAGUGGUAAACCUUGAGAGCUCUGCAGUUUGAUCCAUUAAUAAAGCAUGGAACAGGGUUUUUGGAGAUAUUCUAAAUCUUGUACCAUAAAUAACAUAAAUGUAAUGUCUUUGUGGUGGAUAUAUAUCAUAUAGUUCUGUAUAUAUUGGCUUCUAAAUAAAGGUAUUCUAGCAUUUUCUGAGCCAA